UAGCAGUAGCAGCUUGUUCAAAUUUAUUAAUCCAGUUAAUAGGAUCCUCAAUACUAUCUUCUCUAAAUAGUUUAAUCUUAAUAAGAGAUUUUUCUCUUUAUACUCCUCUAUUAAGAGCAUUAGCUAAUCAGUUAAGAGUUUAA